AUGCUCACGUUACACGCGUGUCUGGCUGCCGGCCGGGCCUCACUGCCUUCCUCUCCUCUUGCAGUCAAGUUCAGCAGCUGCCUGGGGACCAGGAGGACGCAGUAUGAGACCAACAGCGUGGACUUCAAGGUCGGGGCGGACGGGACCGUCUUCGCCACCCGGGAGCUGCGAAUCCCGUCCGAGCAGGUGGCCUUCACGGUGACGGCGUGGGACGGGCAGACCGCCGAGCGCUGGGACGCCGUGGUGCGGCUGCUGGUGGCCCAGACCUCGUCCCCGCACUCCGGACACAAGAGAGGGAAGCCGAGCGCGCCUCUGGACUCCCCGGCGGCUGCCCUGGACACGCUGCUGCCCUGGCCCCAGCACCACAGCACCCGCGGGCUGCGGCGCCAGAAGCGGGACUGGGUCAUCCCUCCCAUCAACGUGCCGGAGAACUCGCGCGGGCCCUUCCCCCAGCAGCUGGUGAGGAUCCGGUCCGACAAGGACAACGACAUCCCCAUCCGGUACAGCAUCACGGGUGUGGGGGCCGACCAGCCCCCCAUGGAGGUCUUCAGCAUCGACUCCAUGUCCGGCCGGAUGUACGUCACGCGGCCCAUGGACCGGGAGGAGCGGGCCUCUUACCACCUGCGAGCCCACGCCGUGGACAUGAACGGCAACAAGGUGGAGAACCCCAUUGACCUGUACAUCUACGUCAUCGACAUGAACGACAACCGCCCCGAGUUCUUCAACCAGGUCUACAACGGCUCCGUGGACGAGGGCUCCAAGCCGGGCACCUACGUGAUGACGGUCACGGCCAACGACGCCGACGACAGCACCACGGCCAACGGGAUGGUGCGGUACCGCAUCGUGACACAGAGCCCUCAGAGCCCUUCCCAGAACAUGUUCACCAUCAACAGUGAGACGGGGGACAUUGUGACGGUGGCGGCCGGCCUGGACCGUGAGAAAGUUCAGCAGUACACGGUCAUCAUUCAGGCCACGGACAUGGAGGGAAACCUUAACUACGGCCUCUCGAACACGGCCACGGCCAUCAUCACCGUGGCCGACGUGAACGACAACCCGCCCGAGUUCACCACGAGCACGUUCGCGGGGGAGGUCCCUGAAAACCGGGUGGAGACGGUGGUGGCGAACCUCACGGUGCUGGACCGAGACCAGCCGCACUCGGCCAGCUGGAACGCCGUCUACCGCGUCAUCAGCGGGGACCCCUCGGGCCACUUCAGCAUCCGCACGGACCCCGUCACCAACGAGGGCCUGGUCACCGUGGUCAAGGCUGUCGACUACGAGCUGAACCGGGCCUUCAUGCUGACCGUGAUGGUGUCGAACCAGGCGCCGCUGGCCAGCGGGAUCCAGAUGUCCUUCCAGUCCACAGCGGGGGUGACCAUCUCUGUCAUGGACGUCAACGAGGCGCCCUACUUCCCCUCCAACCACAAGCUGAUCCGCCUGGAGGAGGGCGUGCCCCCCGGCACUGUGCUCACCACCUUCCCCGCCGUGGACCCCGACCGCUUCAUGCAGCAGGCAGUGAGAUACUCGAAGCUGUCAGACCCGGCAAACUGGCUGCACAUCAACGCCACCAACGGGCAGAUCAGCACGGCCGCCCUGCUGGACCGCGAGUCCCUGUACGUCAGCAACAACGUCUACGAGGCCACCUUCCUGGCAGCUGACAACGGGAUCCCCCCAGCCAGCGGCACCGGGACCCUGCAGAUCUAUCUCAUCGACAUCAACGACAACGCCCCAGAGCUGCUGCCCAAGGAGGCGCAGAUCUGCGAGAAGCCCAACCUGAACGCCAUCAACAUCACGGCCGCCGACGCCGACGCCGACCCCAACAUCGGCCCCUACGUCUUCGAGCUACCCUUCGUCCCGGCCGCCGUGCGCAAGAACUGGACCAUCACACGCCUGAACGGCGACUACGCUCAGCUCAGCCUGCGCAUCCUCUACCUGGACGCCGGGAUGUACGACGUCCCCAUCAUCGUCACAGACUCCGGGAACCCCCCGCUGUCCAACAUGUCCGUCAUCAAGGUCAAGGUGUGCCCGUGUGACGAGAACGGGGACUGCACCGCCAUUGGUGCGGUGGCAGCGGCUGGUCUGGGCACGGGCGCCAUUGUGGCCAUCCUCCUCUGUAUCGUCAUCCUGCUGACCAUGGUCCUGCUGUUCGUCGUGUGGAUGAAGCGGCGGGAGAAGGAGCGCCACGCGAAGCAGCUGCUCAUCGACCCCGAGGACGACGUGCGAGACAACAUCCUCAAGUAUGACGAGGAGGGCGGCGGCGAGGAGGACCAGGACUACGACCUCAGCCAGCUGCAGCAGCCCGAGGUCGCGGAGCACGCCCUGAGCAAGGCCCCCGGCGUGCGGCGGGUGGACGAGCGGCCCGUGGGCGCCGAGCCCCAGUACCCGGCCAGGCCCGUUGUGCCCCACCCGGGGGACAUCGGAGACUUCAUCAGCGAGGGGCUUCGGGCAGCAGACAACGACCCCACUGCGCCCCCAUACGACUCCCUGCUGGUCUUCGACUACGAGGGCAGCGGCUCUACGGCGGGCUCCGUCAGCUCCCUCAACUCGUCCAGCUCCGGGGACCAGGACUACGAUUACCUCAACGACUGGGGGCCCAGGUUCAAGAAGCUGGCCGACAUGUACGGGGGCGGCGACCAGGACUAGCGGGCCUCGUGCCGUGGACGGUGGCCGGCGGAGGCCCCGCCCCGCCCGGCACAGACCCCGCCCCCGCCAGGCCCGAGAGUGAGCGAGAGGCACUGUCUUAACUUGAAUUUCUUAGAGCAGAAGCACUGUUUAAAAAAAAAAGGAAGUGCCUUUUGGUACAUGUGUCAGUCCCUCAAACUCAGGAGCACGUGGGCAGACGGGCGGGCCACGCCUGGCCCGGCUCUGGGGGCGCCAGCUCGGGAUGGGGGACUGUGGCCUUUUUUUUUUUUUCAUGUUUAAGAAAGUGAUUCCUUUGAAACAAAAAUAGUUUGAGGUCCAAAUCCCAGCAGCCUUUGCUGCACAUGGCCGGGGGCCUGCAAAGCUCAGAGGACGAAGUCCCCCUAGGGCCGGCCCAGCCCUCGGCCCCCUUAGCACUCCCAGAUGCUGUAAAUAGCCGGGGGGGGUCCCCAGAGACCACCGCUUAGUGCUCCCAGUCACCCACAGUCCUCCCUGGGGGCCAGUUGGCACCCCAGUGCCCCCAGGUCCCCUCGGCUUCAGUGGGGAGAGGCCACUGCCCAGCGUGCCAGCACCUGACCCCUCGCCACCCAGCGCCGAGGGCCCCCUGCACACAGCACGCCUCUGCCCCCCGCCCCACACCACCUCUCACCGAGGGCGGGCCGAGAACCAGUCCCCGCACGGACUCUCGUGGCCCCUUUGCUUCCCCUGGCCGUUUGGACCUGAGUCCCAUCGGGGCUGCUGAGCCGGUGUGGACGGCAGGACCCGCCCCCUAACCGUGGACCCCUUCCUCAGAAGCCGCGGCCAGCGAGCAGCGGCAGGGACGGCUCUGGCGCUGUCCCCACGUGACGCCUUACUCUCCCCAGAGGUGAGGCCACCCUCAGGCCAGGCUGGGGCAGGAGGCGGCCACUGCUGCGAGACAGGGGCUGUAGGACCUGUGGGGCGGGAGGCCAGCACCAGUUCAGCUCAGACCAGCCAGCGUGCUGGCUCCCUCCGUGUCGCUGAUGUCACGCCCCCCAAGGAAGGGGAGGGGGGCUCCAGCACCAGCAAAGGGCAAGGAAGCCCCCCUGGAGCCCAGACUGCACCUGCUGCUGGGGGCGGGAUCUCGGGCCAUGGCUUCCCUCAGCCCCGGAAGCCCCCCUGGAGCCCAGACCACACCUGCUGCCGGGAGCGGGGUCUGGGGCCAUGGCUUCCCUCAGCCCCGGAAGCCCCCCUGGAGCCCAGACCGCACCUGCUGCCAGGGGCGGAGUCUCAGGCCAUGGCUUCCCUCAGCCCCAAGUCUGCCGCUUUCCUAAACAGCUUUGGCCUCGGAGACACACGGAGUGGACGUAUGUGCCACACUCGUGUGUGCCCACAGGACGUCAGGGUUCUUCCCCAAACUCAUCACCACCCCCGGCCCUCUCCCCAGAGCCGGCCUGGGCCACUCCUACCCUCUGCGGGUGCCGGGGAGGGCGGGGCCCCAAGGGUCACUCGUCACUGGCUGCCCUGCCCUGUGCAUACAGCCAGGCCCAGGGAGACUCAGACAUCCAGGGAUGGCAUGCGGGGACCUAAGCUGUGCUAUGCAAAUUGCUCGGGCCUGGUAGCCAAUGAGAAUGGUCCUGAGUGCUUGGGGCGUGGCCACUGGAGGGAGCCCUAUGGGCCAGUGUGAGGGGUGGGGCUGGAGUUUUGGGUUUUCGUUGUUUUGGAAAAGUUCAAAUUCAUCCUCAGUGGAAGUCCUGAGCCCGCGG